AUGGCUACUUUCAAUGUUCUCUGUAGCAAUCGAUUUCUAUUCAAAGGAGGUAAAUUUCCCGAGAAAUCUAGUAGAACGGUGUCUUCAAGGAGUAGUGAGCUUAAGAAUGUUUGUGUAGCUAGAAGAAAGAAUCAGUCGUUUAGUUGCAGGAGACUUGGUGGGUUUUUGGAGAUUGGGGAAACCAGAUUAGGGGUUAGAGUUCAUGGCGAUUAUCGAAAUGGGUUUUCUUGUAAUAGCGAGAUUAAGCGUCUUGUGAAUGGUGAUUACGGAGAUAAGGUGAGUCGUAUUGGUGAAAAUGGUGGAAGCAAAGGGAAGAGAAGAAGAAGAUUUUCUCUUAGGCUUCGACCUAGAUUAAGAUUAUUGAGCAUGAGACUUGGGAGAUUUGAUUUCAGAGCAUCAAUGGAUGACUUUCGGUUGUUUUUGAGAAAGAAUAUCAAACGAGUGAUCUUAUCUACUGGCGUGGCUGUUAUCUUUGGGCUGUGUUAUUUGUUCUUGAGGUUAACCGCUGUUCCGUCUCCAUCCAUUGUUCCUUACUCAGAUUUCGUGACGAAUCUUCGAGGUGGUUCUGUUUCAAAGGUUUUGCUCGAAGAAGGUUCUCGUCGAAUCUAUUACAACGUUAAUGAGAAUGUUCAGGUUGUUGAAGAGGUUCAGAAGUCAGAAACUUUAGAAGAACCCGCGGUCCAAAUUGAUGGCGGUAUAGUGGAAACCGUGACUGGAGCUGUUACGAAAGAUGUUACUCCGCGAAAGGUUCGAGCGUUGCCUCCUGUGUGGAAGUAUGUGACGAGAAAAGUAGAUCAUGAUGAGAAGUUUCUUCUUAGUUUGAUGAGGGAGAAAGGGAUUACUUAUAGUUCAGCUCCUCAAUCAGCAUUGAUGGCUAUGAGGACUACCUUGAUAACAAUCAUUUCUUUAUGGAUUCCUUUAACACCUCUUAUGUGGCUUCUCUAUCGGCAACUCUCUGCAUCUAACAGCCCUGCAAAGAAGCGACGGUCUAACAAUCCCACAGUGGGGUUUGAUGAUGUUGAGGGCGUUGAUUCUGCUAAAGACGAGCUCGUGGAGAUAGUGUCAUGUCUACAAGGAAGUAUAAAUUACAGAAAACUAGGAGCAAGACUACCUAAAGGUGUGCUUUUGGUUGGUCCACCGGGGACUGGUAAAACCUUGUUGGCUCGGGCUGUAGCUGGAGAGGCGGGAGUUCCGUUCUUCUCUGUUUCCGCUAGCGAGUUUGUUGAAUUGUUUGUUGGAAGAGGCGCAGCUAGAAUCAGAGAUCUUUUCAGUGCAGCCAGGAAAAAUUCACCUUCCAUUAUAUUCAUUGAUGAGCUCGAUGCGGUUGGAGGAAAACGUGGUAGGAGUUUCAACGAUGAACGUGACCAGACGUUAAAUCAGUUGCUUACUGAAAUGGAUGGAUUUGAGUCGGACACAAAAGUCAUUGUAAUUGCAGCAACUAACCGUCCAGAAGCAUUAGACCCGGCUCUUUGUCGGCCUGGAAGGUUCUCUAGAAAAGUUGUGGUUGCAGAACCAGACCAAGAAGGCCGUCGGAAAAUCUUGGCCGUACAUCUGAGAGACAUCCCUCUAGAAGAAGAUGCAUUUCUCAUAUGUGAUCUAGUUGCUUCUCUAACUCCCGGAUUCGUAGGUGCUGAUCUUGCCAACAUUGUCAAUGAAGCUGCAUUACUCGCUGCUCGUAGAGGCGGGGAAGCGGUGGCGCGGGAAGACAUAAUGGAAGCAAUAGAAAGGGCGAAAUUUGGUAUCAAUGAUAAGGAAGUGAGGCCAAGGAAAUUAGGAAAUGAGCUCAGCAAGCUGUUCCCAUGGAUGCCAUCUUUGGUUGGAAGGAACGGACCAGAUCAAGACGGUUUACAAGGACCGUUAGAACCAUCAUUGUAUGAUAAUGAUUAUGACGACACAUAUCACGAUCCCAAGCUAUCAUCUUUGCAUAAAAACCAUUCCAUUUCAUCAUCAUCAAAUGACGUUGAUCAUCAUGAUCAAGAAACUCCUAAAAUAGAGCAUCGUCGGAAAAAGAGAAAACCGAAGCGGUGCGAUCUAUUCUCCGGUGAGUGGAUCCCAAACCGUAAAGCUCCUUACUACACAAACACGACAUGUUGGGCGAUACACGAACACCAAAACUGCAUGAAGUUUGGGAGACCUGAUUUAGGUUUCUUGAAAUGGAGAUGGAAACCAAAAGAUUGUGAUCUACCUUUGUUUGAUCCUUUCGAGUUUCUCGAGAUCGUUAGAGGAAAAAACAUGGCGUUUGUUGGUGACUCCGUUAGCAGAAACCACGUACAGUCUUUGAUAUGCCUUCUCUCUCAGGUGGAACAUCCCGAGUUGGACUCACGGCAAAAAGACUUUAACUUCCAAAGAUGGAAAUACAAAACGUACAACUUUACAAUUGCCACAUUUUGGACUACACAUUUGGUUCGGUCCGAGGAAAGCGGUCCGGACGGUCCUAACUCAUUCUACAAUCUCUACCUCGAUGAACCGGAUCCAUCUUGGGCUUCUCAAAUCGAUGGGUUCGAUUACAUCAUCAUCUCGUCAGGGCAAUGGUUUUUCCGACCACUUUUUCUUUUUGACAAACAAAAAAGGAUAGGAUGUUUGUAUUGUUACAUUCCCGGAGUCAGAAAUGUCGGGGCACAUUUCGCGUAUAGAAGAGCAUUAAGAACAACGUUUAAGACUAUCAAUGGAUUAGAGAAUUUCAAAGGAGAGGUGUUUCUAAGAACAUUUGCACCUUCACAUUUUGAGGAUGGAGAAUGGGAUAAAGGUGGAAAUUGCUUGAGAACACGACCCUAUAGGAGCAAUGAGACGGAGUUAGAAGGUAUGAAUCUAGAGACGCACAACAUUCAACUCGAUGAAUUUCGCAUUGCGAAAAUAAACAAAAAGAAUAACGGAUUAGAUUUGAGAUUACUAGAUGUAACACAAGUAAUGUUGUUAAGACCAGAUGGACAUCCGAGCAGAUUUGGGCAUAAACCGGAAGAUAAAGUUAUACUAUACAAUGAUUGUGUACAUUGGUGUCUACCAGGUCCGAUUGAUUCAUGGAAUGAUUUUUUACUCGAGAUGUUGAAAAAUAGAUAUAUUGUGAGAUCAAGCCUCAAGGGUGGUGGUGAACCCUAUACCAAAAGCGGAAGAGUUGACGAUGAACACGAUACCAGAAGUGGAGGACUUGGCGGGACGGAAUUCGAGAUGAUUCUCUACGGACAAUUCUUUGAUGAAAUGCUUGAGGAGAAGGUUAGAAUGACAUAUAGAACAAUCUCUUCCAACAAGAUUUUCGAGGCUGAAAUAUACAACGCAACAAAGGUGGAUAUUGAAGCUACUAUGAAAAUUAAGGAUAACAAGGACUGCUAA